AUGUUCCUACUUCCAGUAUCGCCACAACUCCAAGUGAAUCGUGCCAUCGAACAAACCAAGUCGAGACAACAGGGAAUUGGCCGAGCUCCCACUAAACAGCAAAAUAGCCCUGGACGUACGGAAACAAUUGAUGUGGAUAAAUUGAAUCAACUUAUACGUGCUCUAGAUAAAACAUGGAUUUUACCACGUCUUGGAGCCAGGGAACCUGUUGGAAGCAAUUUUCAGUACAAGAAGACAUGCGCCUCGAUAUUCAAAGCACGUCAUGGUGCAUGCCAACAACUUGGAUUUGGUGUGAUGUGCUUUAAUUACUGUCAUGAACGAGGUGAAAAGCUUACGUUUCGAUGUCAGGACGCAUCUGAUGCGGCAUACUGUAGACAAUCCGGCACAUUCGAGACAUUCAUAGCGAAAUAUCGCAAAGAUGGUUACAAAGCGAAGGCCUAUAUCCAUCAGAUGAUUUCACGUUGUUAUGCCACUUCUAUCUGCAACACUCAAACAGGAAUUUUGAACUCGACGAUAAUCAACGAGGAUAUCGUUCCGGAAACAACUACAAGGAUGAACCGGCAUCGACUCUUAACUCGAGGUCCUAAGUCGUCCAAACCACGCGCAACAUCUACUACCACUGCUGCUCCUGAGGAAACGGAAUACGUAGAGAUUGAGGAGGAGAAGAUUGAAACCACUACAAGAAAGAGGCCAGUUGAAAAGAAGAGGACAACUCGUGCUAGGCCCACCACGACCCUGUCCCCAGUUACAGUCACUGCAUCAAGAAGUAACAUUUGGGACAGGUUCACAGUCAGUCAAAACUCGAAAGUCUCGUCGAAAUAUAUACCAUUUUGGAAGCGUCUUCUCUCCACCACUAUUAGUCCUCCAAAAAGUGUAGAAGAAAUCACUGAAGCGUCAGUAGAAGUCGAGGUCACUCCUGAACCAUCCGUUGAAGAAGAAGUCGAGGAGGUCGUAGAUGUUACAGAGAUUCAGUCUUCGGAAGCAACCACCCCAGUGGAAGACAUUGUUUCGACGAAGCGACCGGUUCAAAAGACCAAUCGAAAUACAGAUGUGACCCAAGGACCGGAACAAACAACAGAAAGGGAAAAACACACUUUCAAGCCACUACCUAUGACCGUACCUCCUUCGCAAGGACCGGAACUGGCGUUUCAAAAGGCUGGCGAAAGAGGUCCUGGAUUUUGGAAUCGCUUCCAACCUAAUCGAUGGUUCGAAUCGAUACACUAUGUCACUAACACAGGCAAGUAG